GAUCUUCCACUCACAUUCAUUCCCCUUUGAUCAUCACUAUAGUCGGUAGAUCCGACAAACCUAUGAGGAUACGAGCCGGCAUCACAUCGUAUUGAAACAUCACGACCUUUAAUUAAUAUCCGAUUAAUGCCAAGUCAUGAACCGCUCAAGGUACCUUCCCCAGGGUUACUCUGUUAGUCCCUAUCCGCCUCAGUCCUAUGGCGGCAUCCCUACGACGGCGCCACCACAGUCAAUGCCGGGCAUGAUGCCCACGCAGCCGCUCGCCAUGGCACCUCCAAACUAUGGCAGCAUAAGCCCUCAACAGGGAAUGGGCCAGUCCCCGAUCCCCAACCAGUUUUCGCCCAACCCCGUGUGGACAGCAACCUUCCAAGGCCCCAUCAUCGAGGACCUUAUCGCGCCUCCAAUGGGGAUACCUUCGGCAUCACCACCUAUAAACGCCUUCCCGCCUCGCAUGAUGCCCAUGCACCCGGGCGCGAUGCCCCAGGUGCAAAACGUGUUUGGCGUGCGCCAGCCGCUACCGCCCCAGUUUGCGGGGAUGCAUAUGGCCGGGCCGAUGCAGGGCAUGCACCCGCAACCGACGACGCGCAUGAUGGGCACUUACCCGCCGUACGGCGUCGCCGGGCAUCACCAGCCGCCACCGCCUCCGCAGCAGCAGCCGAUUGGAUUGGGCUUUCAUCAUCCCCAACAGCGAGGUUUUGACCCAUCCCCUGUGUUAGCCAGGCCGACGAUGGAUACCGGGUUCCCCGGUGCUGCUGGAGACGCGCCGGCCCCUGGGGGAAUGCAACAGAUGGGUUCUCCGCCGAUGGGUGGGAGCCCCGGAGGAAACCCGACCAUGGAGCCGCUUACACACGAAGACGGCUCAUUGGCCGGGUUUUUGUCGCCUGAUUUAAGCUAGGCUCUGAGGACUUUCUGACUUGUACAUGCAAGGGAGGAGAUGAUCAGGGCGAGAUGAGUUAAUGGGACAUAAUCAUGCUGUUGACGCGAUAAUACGGUGCCUCGCCGGUGUGAUUCUUCCUCUCGAGCGUCCGAGCCUUCCUCAUUGCCGAACCCCGUCGGACCUUCUCAGUCAGGAUACAAAAGAGAUUACUGGGAUAUGAAACGCAAAACAAUCUCAUGCAUGUUGGGCGCUGGGAGUUUGUC